UCAUAAGUUGUCGUGCCUGAACGAGGGGGAGAGAGAGAGCGCUCCAUUUCAACUGAAUCAUCUCGCGAUGUCGACGUCUCAGGCGAACGACCACACCCAGCCUUCUGUUAUCACAACAGCAUUGCCUGGCCAAGACUCAUUGGCAUUGGUGGUUGUUGAUCAGAAUGAAGGAUCUCCUAAUGCAAACAGCGGAGUGCCAAGUGGAGGUGUUAUACAGGCAGAUACAUUAAUGAACAGUUCUAAGAGACUUCAAGAUGAUCUACAAUCUCUCGGUCUAAAAAUCAAACAGCACGAGGAUAACAUAAAAUCUCUGAAGACUCAGAAAAACACAUUAGAUGACUCUAUUCUUGAUAAGCGAGUCAUUCUUGGGAAGUAUCAUUCUUCUGCCCCACCUAGUGCUGAAGAUAAUAGCCUUUCCAGUGGAGGCGAGGAGGAAACAACUGAGCAAAUAUUGAAGCGUGAUAAAUCUGCUGCUGGAAUAUGGUGCCAACUUAAAAAUAGCCGUGGCACUCAGGCUCCCAUUCUUGCUUUAUCCAAGGAUGUCAUCGGCAUAGUUGCUACUUUGGGCAAAGUUGAUGAUGAAAACCUUAGCAGGCUUCUUUCCGAGUAUUUAGGAGCAGACGCCAUGCUUUCCAUUGUUUGCAAGACUCGAGAAGGCAUGAAGGCUCUAGAAACAUAUGAUACAGACGGCAGUAUUGAUAUGAGUGCUGGUCUUCAUGGGCUUAGUUCUUCCAUUGGAAGGGAUUUAAAAGGAAGAUUUCUCGUUAUUUGCUUAGAAGAUCUAAGACCAUAUGUUGGUGAUUUUGUAGAUGAUGAUGGCCAGAGAAGGCUUGAUCUCUUUAAGCCCAGAUUACCAAGUGGGGAAUGUCCACCCGGUUUCCUUGGCUUCGCAGUCAAUAUGGUCAACAUUGAUGCCACCCAUUUGUUUUGUUUAACACCAAGCGGUCAUGGUCUCAGGGAAACUCUAUUUUAUCAUCUUUUCUCUCGGACUCAAGUAUAUAGCACGAGGGCGGACAUGCUACGCGCUCUUCCUUUAAUUAGUGGUGGAGCCAUCUCUUUGGAUGGUGGAAUAAUUAGAGGUCCUGGCAUGUAUUUCCUAGGCAAGAGGGAGGAUGUGGAUGUGAGAUUUCCAGUACCAUCAGGUGCAUCCAGUCGUCCUGCAAAUUACCAUGAAGUAGAAAACCAGAUGAAGGACUUGAGGUGGAGAAGGGAAAAACUGCUGGAAGAUUUACAACGAGAGCGACAAAUGUUGGAUCACGCUAAAAUGAAUUUUGAGAGAAAGAAGCAAGAAUUCGUUAUGUUUCUUGCUCAAAGCUCUUCUUAUGCAACCCAGGUUCAUCUGGGAAGCAACCCCAUGACCCCCAGAUGAAAUUUUUGGAGAAGGAAGAGAUCUUUGCAAAUAUUCAAGCGGAGUAAACUGACGAAAUUUCAAGACGCUCUGACGCAUAUGAAUUGUUGUUUCGUUUAAGUUUUCAGCAGGAUUUAUUUCCUAGUUCUAUGGAUUGGAAUAGUGCCUUUAGUUUAAGGCGGUUUACUUGUAUUCGCGAUGUUGUACUGUAGUCUGGUAUAUAAACUCUCUCUCUCUCUCUCUC